GCGAACGCGGAGCGGAGCGGAGCGGAGCAGAUCAGCCCAACAUGGAAGCAUCCAAGUUCGGCUUCGGCCCCAACCUGCCGCCGGCGUUCAAGUUCGACCCCACCGACGACGACAUCGUCGCCUACUACCUCCUCCCGCGCGCGCUCGGCCUCCCCAACCCGCACGCGCACGCCAUCAUCGAGGACGACCCCGGGAGCGCCCCGCCGUGGGAGCUCCUCCGGCGGCACGGCGGCGACGGCGGGAUCGACCACGCCCUCUUCUACGGCCCCCCCACGGCCGGCCGCCGCAGGAAGCGCACCGUCAAGGGCGGCGGCGUGUGGCAGGGGCAGAAGGUGAACGAGGGCAUCGCCACCCUGCUCGGCCCCGGCGGCGCCGAGCUGGACAUCGCCUACAAGCGCUACGAUCUCACCUUCAAGCGCAAGGUCAGCAUGGGGUACGUCAUGCACGAGUACGAGAUCACGUCGCCGCCGCUCCCCGGCAAGGUGCUCAGCCGCGUCAAGAUCAGCAGCAACGCCAAGGGAAAGGCCGCCGCCGCCGCCGACCAACAGAUUGUGCUCCCGGACCCUGAGCUGCCGGGCACGAGCUACUACGACCACGCCGCCGCCGCCGACCAACAGGUUGUGCUCCCGGACCCUGAGCUGCUGGGAACGAGCUACAACGACCACGACGCCGCCGCGAUGGAGAGCAACGGCGAGGGACUUGGUGACACGCAAGCUGGUGCUCUGUCUGGCGGCAACGGCGGUGACUACUGCUAUGAGCCUCUCAACUGUAUCCUCCCGGAGGGCGAGUACAUGGACAACGGCCUCUCGUUCACCGACCAGCUUGCCGCGGCGAUGAACAGUGACGGCCAGGGAUUCACCGCCGCUCAAGCCGGUGCUUUCUACGGCUGCGGCAUGGUGGAGACGAACGGCGCCUACUAUGGCCCUUCACCGUUCUUCCCGGUUGCUAGCCAAGAGGUUGCCCCAUGGCCUAAUCAGCUGGGCCAGAUCCACAGCCACACCCAGUACUACGCUGGAGAUGACGCUGCCCUGGUGUGCUACGGCGGCGAGCAACAAGCCGGUGGCGCUCUGUGUGGCUACUACAACGAUGACGGCGGUGUCAUGACAACCGAGAGCGCCCACUCAACUAUUUCUCCCGGCAAUGACGGGGAGCAGAACCGGGACGAGACCUAUGACUACAUGCCUCUCGGCGACAACGCCGGCGACUUCAACUGUGAGCAGAACCGGGACGAGACCCAUGACUACAGGCCUCUCGGCGACAACGCCGGCGACUUCAACUGUGAGCAGAACCGGGACGAGACCUAUGACUACACGCCUCUCGGCGACAACGCCGGCGACUUCAACUGUGAGCAGAACCGGGACGAGACCUAUGACUACAGGCCUCUCGGCGACAACGCCGGCGACUUCAACUGUGAGCAGAGCGACGCCGGCGAUGCGGCCACCGAUCGAGAGUGAACUAGUCGAAGCAAUACAUCUAGGAACUACUCGUAGGAUAUGGGAUAGCGUAUCAUACUACCAUACCAUGUCAUGUGCUUGUACCGAUGGAUGGUCUACAAUUACGCACCCGGAUUUUUUGAACUCGAUCCUUAACAAUUUUAUUACAUACGUAAAGUUGUCGCCUCUGGUUGAAAGUUCUUUUCUUACUUAUUACACACUCAGAUGUUUUUCUACUGAUCGGACCUGCUC